AGAUACUUCUCUAUAGCAGUCUAUGAUCCCACUAUUUAUAUUCUAACACUAAGCAAAGAGGAUAAGAUAUAGAGGCUUGAGAGGGCUGAGGGAUAACGGGCUGGUGGAUAACGGGCUGAUGGAGGCUGAAGAAAAGGAGGCAGGAGUAACACGUGAUCCAUGCCAUGGCUCAUGGUUCAUGACAAAUACUAAGCGCCAAUCAUUAGGAAAAUCCAAUAUUGGAUCCCGUGAUUGCCUUGAUUACUGAUGCUUUGAUCCGGGGAAUAUCAUGCUACUUUGGUUCCUCUUUUUGGUAUUCCCUCCUUUUUGGCAUGCUAGUGACGCCUUGGAUUCAGCACCUUCUCGACAUGGGGUUGUUGCAUACAUCGAGUACUCCAGUUACUCAAUCCAGCUUUAUGCCAACCUCCAGACACAUGCUCCACUUUACGUUCUGUUGCCAUUAGUUACAUCAAGGUCCAAAAAAAUGACAUCGACUGUUUCAAAACUACAAUGUGUUUGGCAAACCUACAUCGCAGAAUCUAAAAACUACAUAUCGCUAUCUCAACGUCUACAUUUUCAAACGCAAACUACUAUAUCUUGCAGCAAUGGCGAACGAUCUAUGGCGAGAAAUGGCGAACGAUCUAUGAGAGCAAUAGCUAACGAUCUAUGGCGAGAAAUGGCAAACGAUCUAUGGCAACAAUGGGUAGACGAUUUUUAGUGUGCCAAGAUAUUCCUUGCUGACCUAUGCGACAUUGAUUCCUAAGCAAGCGACAUCCGUUUCUGGACAUGCGACAUAAAUUUUCAUUGGCUAGCGAUAUUGAUUUCCAUUGGACAACGACAUUGAUUUUCAUCGGGCGCGACAUUGAUGUUCAUUGGCUGCGACAUUACUUAUUGAAAAUACUGUACAGUGCUUCCAACAACCGAAGUCGGUGCCGUUAGAAUCGAAUUCGCUGGCCAAUUAAAAUUGAAAUCGCUAACCAAUCAAAAUCAAAUUCGCGCUUUCACAAGUGGAAGUCGUUAUUUUUAGAAACCAUUUCGCCCUAUUAGAAAUCAGUGUUAUUUCUUGGCAGGCGAAAAAAAUUUUAAAGGCAGAGAUUCCUUUUGCAAGUUUUUUUUUCUUUUCUUUCUGAUUCCUGAAGGAUGUGUCUCGGCUGUUUCGUGAUCGCCUACUAUGAAUAUUAAAGAAAAGAGAAUCGUAACAAUCAAUGGCAAUA